CACGUCUCCCACCACUUUAUUCAGCGAGCAGACACUUUUCAAGAUUAACAUCACUUCACUUACCAAUUUUAAGCGAAAUAGAACAUUCAAGCCCACCAUGCCAGACCAAACCAACGAAAAUAACACCAGCGCUUUCGUCACCGAAUUCCUCGCUGGCUGGGAUGAUGACGACCCCUUUCGCUCCCCAAGCCCAGAGGCGGCCGACAAGAACAAGGCAAACAGCAAGAAGCGAAAAGAGCCAGAUACCCUCGGUAUCGACAAGGAGAUUGAUGUCACCAAAAAGGCCAGGGUCCCUCGUGUGAAGCUGGAUGAUGCUCGGUUACUAUCCGACAAAGGCAUUCCAAAGCUACGAAAGACCGCACCAAAGUUGAAAUUGAAAGGGAAAGGCCAUGAGUUCUCGGAUGCCGCCCGACUGCUCUCCUUCUACCAAGAAUGGCUCGACGACCUGUUCCCGAAAGCUACUUUCGUAGACGCCCUUGCGAUGUGUGAAAAGGCUGGACACAAAACUACCUUGCGAAACGCACGACUAAAGUGGAUUGCUGAAGGGAAGCCUAGAUCAACAGCAGCUGAUGAGGAGAAGGACGGAGACCGCGAAGAACAGCCAUCUGCUCCUACACAACCCACCAGGAUGGCGCCCAUAUUUGAGAAGGCGGCGGGGGCUAGGGCCAAGACGCCAACAGCCGAUGAUGAUCUGUUCGGGGAUGACGACAUCUACAAUGCGACACCUAGGCGAAAUCAGCCGACAGCGGCAUCUGGAGACGUACCCGAUGAUGACGAUCUGGACGCACUGAUGGCCGAAGCUGAGUCUGGGACCGCUCCUAGCGCGAACAAAACAACAAACAAUGGGGCUGUUUCUGGGAGUAUAUUUGGCGGUGGGGCUGUCAAGAAGCCCCCACAGCCAUCCGAAGUGCCAGAUGACGAUGAUCUGGAUGCGCUGAUGGCGGAAGCUGAGUCAUAUCGACCGUCCACCACUAACCACGGCAGCAUCUUUGGAAACGGUAGCAUUUUUGGAGGUGGUAAAGAUAAGCCAGCCACGGUCCCACCACCACAAGAGGAGGAUGACGACCUAGAUGCCCUGAUGGCCGAAGCAGAGAUGCACGCGACUAAUGCUACAAAGACGAGAGAAAGGGAGUCGGCGAGCAAGGAACAACCCGGCAAGCAGGGUAGAGGGGAAGGUGCAUCAGAAGAUGAGGAUGAUCUGGAUGCCUUGAUGGCUGAAGCUGAAGCAUAUACCAAGACUACGAGGACACAGGCUGCUCAACCUAAGGACAUGGAUGAAGACUUGGAAGCAGAGGAUGCGAUGGCCGAGAUGGAUGGGUUCUGAUGAGAAUCUAAAGUAGCCCUGUCCUUUCAGGCCUGACAAGGACCUCUAUAAUGGUCGUAAGAUCGUACCUGAUGUAAUGACGUGAUGACAGCCCAGCGCAGUAGUUCUAGUACGCUGACUGUAUGGGCUUUUCACAUAUUCAUUGUUCUGCUCAUAUUGCGACUUAGCAGUAUGAUUUGGCAGGCUAGUUUAACCCUAACCCGCGUACUAUAGAAACACAAUGUAAACACAACCCCUGAGGUUCUGAAAACAGAGCAGGGCAGUUGCAGGUUUGGCGU